AUGGGCUCAACAAUCAACGAUUGGUACCGAAUCGAGCCGCUCACUCAGCAGAACGGCGCCGAAAUCUCGCGGUUUCUCGUCAAACAUUUUCUCGUCGAGGAGCCACUCAAUCGCGCGUCGGGAAUGACCGUCAAGAAUUUUAUGCCAUUCGUCGAGAAUCUCAUUCUUCGCACACUUAAUGUCCCAUUCUCAUAUGCAGCGAGAAGCAAUGAGACGAACGAGAUCAUCGGCUGCUCAAUGUCAUCACUUUGGCGCAAAUGUGAGCACUCGGAGCCUCCGACCGAUGACUUCUCAUUCGGCGGUCGCGAGAAUCCGUCGAUCGGCGCCGUCGGCCGAAUCCUCACCAACCUCCAUGAGAGAUUAUUUCUAAUCAAACCCGAACUGGAUACCGUAGUCCAUUUGGAAAUUUUGAGUGUCGCCAAGGAAUUUCAGCGAAAGGGCGUCGCUUCGGCGCUUAUGAAUCGACAGGAGAAUGCCGACAUGCUCAAGCGAUAUUGGGCAUCUGGAAUUGCCGCUGAAGUUUCCUCAUACGCGAACCAAUGCUUAAUGAAGAAGCGAGGAUACGAAAGCCUUGACGAAAUCCUAUUAAGCAACGAGGUUGACAUCAACGGAAAACGAUUGCUCGAAUGCGACGAUGGAACAGAUCGCGUCGUUCUCGCCUACAAACACCUGGUCUAA